AUGCAAUUGGCUUGUGGCAGCAGUGCGGCGAAUCCGACGAAGUACAUCCUAUUGGGACAGGAAGUGGGCCGCAAAUGUCUGAGCAAACUCUUGGGUGUGGGAUCUCAUCGUCUACAAAAGGUAGAGUCUGCAAUCCCCGACCUCCGGCAUGGCAAGCGUGCGUAUCGCAGCCAUCUGGAAUCUUACUCGGUUGAUGCGUUUUUGCAAAAUGCCUAUGAUGCUAUUGCAGAGACCUUGCCACACCAGUAUGUCCGUCGUGGUCGAGCUAGACCGAGAAGACCGGGCCGGUCAGACGACACAGAGGAUGAGCUAAGCGAUGCCGACCAAGAAAUCGCCUCUGACAUCGAGAACACAGAAGAGCUUGCCGAAUGGAUCGACAAGCCAGAUGCGCCGAUCUUGGCGGCCAGCAGCAGGAAGAUUCGCAAGUAUCUUCCUCCGGGGAAUCUUGCAGAGUUGUUCCAGCACUAUCGUGCAGCACAGACUUUGCUUGGACGGCCCGGGGUGGGGUACAAGACUUUCUGUCACAUCUACUCCGCGAGAUGGAAACCGAUCCUUGCUUUCCGUGACAAGUCGUUCACGCAAUGUGCUGUGUGCUAUGCAUAUCAGCAGACACUGAAGGACAAGACUGCUGAUAUGAGCACCAAGUUGGCUGCAGUGUCUGGUUUGCGAAGUCAUCUUCACGAUCAAUAUUGCGACCGAGCGGUCGCAUGGCAACUUCAAGAGUCUGCCAUGGACCCUUUGAGUGGACUCAUGGUGGUAUGCACCGAUGGAUGCGACCAGAGCAAGUUCAUGAUGCCCCGUGACCCAGAGUUUCGCAUCUCUGCUGCUUUGAGCGGUGAGAUGAGACCGCGACUGAAGGUGCACGGUCUUUGGGUGUUUGGGCUGAGCUUGCAAGUCUAUGUCAUGGACGAGCCUACCAAACAUGAUAGUGCUUGUGUGGUGGAGUGUUUGGCUCUGAGUCUCGAACGAGAUCCUCGUCUGCAAGUCAGAUGCAUUCUCUCUCUGGGCUGUUCCAAUCCUGUUGUGGCAGAUAACACCGUCCGGGAGGCCAAGAACCAGUAUGUGUUACUGUACUUGGCCGCUCUCGUGGCCCAGUAUCGGAUGCGCUUCUCCUGUUUGGCAAACUUUCGCAAGAGUCACACCCAUUGCCGUAUAGAUCAACUCUGGGGAUGUCUAGCCAGACGAAUCGCCAACGAGAGCAAGUUGCUGAAUCCAGAUGACGUGUGCCACGUCUUGCUGUCAGAGCUACAGAAGGCAAGCAUGCGUGCUUGGCUCGGGCCCAACACAGAAGUGCUCGUCGAGCGACUUGUGUGUGUGAGAGAUUGGAGGAAUCACCUCCCCACCAUCGGUGUAGGCCUUGAAGGUGGGCUCUUGAAGGACUCCUCUUCCAACCACAUGUUUUUCUUCAUGCUGCGUCGAGGCUUGGAUGCAGCACUUUCAAUUAGCACUUUACAUGUUCCUGCAGACUGCUCUUGCUGCUUGGAGUCGUCUCUGUGUGUUUGUGCUUGGACAGAUCUUCCUUCUGCUCUGAUGACCUCUGUGACAGAGGGGUCUUUUCGUGGCCCUCGUGAUCCUUUGGAUGUCGUUGUCCUCUUGAAGAAGCACAUCUGCGAUCCCAUGCUUUCGCAGUCACCUCUGCUGGUUUUACCUCGGACAAAGGCCGACGGAUGGGAAAGUCUUCCUUCGACUAAGCGGGUGAACAAUCACUCAGCGAAGAAUCAGAAAGAGUGGCAAGAGCUGGCCCAGAAAGUCCUGAGCCAUUACAAUGAGCCUUAUCGCAGAGCUGUUGAUUACUUGGAGAAGCUGGCCAGAAACCAGUUCUGGCAUGAAGCCGUUCUUCGCGACAUGCCGUGGCACAUUCGGCCACCGGCACCUCCGGUUCGUGCACAAGCAGGAAGGUUCCUGCACGAAGCUGUCGAAGCAGCUUUGGCCCCGGCACUUCCGCUGAAGGCCAUUUUCAGCAGACGAUGA